GGAUUUACUGUAGGGUAUACAUUUCGAACAAGCGCCAUUACGUGAAAAUAAAGCACCAUGAGUGAUGGUCCAGAGUACGCCAUCUACGACUCGGAUGGGCAUCAGUUGACCUUGAAUGAGAAUGGAGAGCCCAUUCAGCAGAUACAGUACGUCACGGCCGACGGACAGGUGGUGUCUGCAGAGCAGCUCAUGGCUGGCAACAAUGUUAUACAGGUGAGUAACUCCCAGGCCAGUCUGCUGCAGCAGGCUGGUCAGCAAGUGCUUGUACAGAACACUCAGCCUCAGACUGCACAGCAGCAGCAAGCCACAAUGUUGGGCGGGUCAGGAGUUCCCAACACGAUGGGUAUCCCCCAGAUGCUGUUCCUCAAUCAGAUCACGGUGGGCGGACAGACCUCAUUCGUCCUCGUGGAUGCCAACAACAAGCCCGUCCAGUUACCACAAGGUAUACAGGUGAUUAAUCUUCCAUCACAGCAGCAAGGGGCGCCGAUAGCCAUGCCCGGCGAGACUGGAGAAGAACCUCUCUAUGUGAACGCUAAGCAAUACAACCGUAUACUGAAACGGCGCCAGGCGCGAGCUAAACUGGAGUCCCUUGGCAGAAUACCCAAAGAAAGACAGCGUUAUCUGUACGAGUCCAGACACAAGCAUGCCUUAAAACGACAGAGAGGCUCGGGGGGAAUAUUUAUCAAUAACGCUAAGAAAGACGAACAAACAAACGGUUCAAUGAAACAGGAACACAGUGAUCUUGAUGGAGAUUUCCAACUCCCUGUUGUCACUCAGUCCUCGGAUUUAGUCCUGGGACUGAAUACAUAGAGAGGGCGUAGUGGAUAUAAAACUGUGACAGUGUAUAUAAGUUGUGACGGCUAAAGGGCCCAGUCUUGACUAUGUGAGCUUCGUUCAGGGAAAACAUGUCUAAAUGCUUAUGAGUUAAGUGUCAACCCAGAUUAUUAGGGCUGACACUUUCUGCCUAGACUGGAUUUAAGUUCUGAAGAGACUUCAUUAACACGAAAAAUUCCACGAAAGCUGAAGCUGUCAUCUGAUUUGUGGAUUUCACGUGAAGAUCUGGGACAAUAUUUGAUGCCCAUGCAUUAAGCACCAUUUUCUCAGAACGUGUCUUAUUCAAUGAUCUGUCCACCUAUAUAUGUUUUGCUACUAAGGAAUGUAAAACAAUGUAAAACAAAUAGCCAUAUUGUUCUGUUCUCCCAGGGAAAUAUUGUGCCACUAAAACAUGGAAACCUACUCUAGUAACUUAAGUCAGAAUUUAGUCGCAUCUUGCAAAAAUGUGUCUUAUGCCAUAUGUAACAUAGUGUUGACUGGGGACAAAUUUGAACCACGCAAUUAAAAAAUGUUGUCUGAUGCCAUAUGUGGCCAGCGUAGCUCCAGACCAGCCUGCGCAUUUGUUGAUUUUGGUCGGUAAGCUACCAUGUUGAUUAUUCACACAAGGUUUGGUAGACAGCCUAGCUACUGAGCAGUCUGCACUUGUGCCAGUUUUCACUUCAAACAGCUGAAAAAAAGCUAUGAGCUGUUGAGGCUACUGACACUUCUACUGGUAGUAGUUCCAUCACUUUAUUUAUGAUUGUAUUUAGUAUGUAAGAAUAUAUUCUGAACAGGGUCAGUAUUCAACGUUUUAAUGGUAAUUUAAAUGAAAGUAAAUGAAUGGAGCUUGUAAUAAGUAAUGUAUUAUGUAUUAUAAGCAAUAUAUAUUGGACAGUUGUUAUGUAAAGUUAAAGUUGACUAAACUGUACAAAUGCUUUUCAUAUCUAAGGUAAGUGCUUUAAAAUUGAUGUGAUGUCUGUGUUGAUCAUGCCUUCAUCCUUGUUACACUUCCUUGUACAUUAUUGACAUUUCCAUUUCAUGUAUCAUUGUAUGCAUCCAUACAGUUAAUGUGUGUUAUUUAUGUCAGUAAGUCGAUUAAAAUAAAUUUAUAACAGUUA